AUUCCUGCGCUGAUUGCAGGCACGAGAAAUCUGCCAACCCGUUUAUUUUUUGGGAUUAGUACCCGAGAAUAAAUCGAACUGCGAUUUUGUACUCAAAUAUAUUUCAGUUUAUAUUUGUCGGCAAAUGUCAAACAACUUUAUUGAAUUCGAUGCAUCCCUGUUGUCGCAUUUCGAGUGUUAACUCUUAAUUUCAACUGCAGUUUAGUGCAUCCGCGAAAGUUGAAAGGACUGUGUUGUAAAAGAAAGACGUGAUAAUUAGCCAAAAUUCCGGUCCCCACGCGCAGACGAGAAGGUGCCUACCCGCCGGGGCAGUCGGGCGAAGGAGAUAUGAACAACAAACGCAAAAAUCGCCAAGGGCCGCCGAGGUCGCCACGCGGCCGCGUAGUAGCCGAGGGUGUGUACAACAACGCGCACUUCAUGCACGCGGCGACCUCGCACGUGGGGGACAUCGUGCAAGUGCUCACGCAGUCCGGCAGCCUCUGGGAGGGGGUCUUCAAGACAUUCAGCGCGCAGUUCGAGGUCAGUGCUUUAUCUAGUUCUUACGAUGUAGAGGCGGUGUGACAAUAUCCACUACCCCAUAUCAUCCCGUGGGUGUUUCCUCUUGCGCCUGCUGAACAGAUUUCAAGAAGGCGAUGAUACUGACAGAUAGACUGCAUCCGCAGGGAAAGCCCUUUACCGCGGGAAAUUACGUAAUUCAAACUAGAAAAUUUGAUUUAAUGUAGGCAAAACCGCGUGGUAAAAAGCUAGGAAUAUAUAAAAAUCUAUUAAACAUAUAGGUACCCCAUAUCAUCCCGUGGGUGUCGUAAGAGGCUACCGGGGGAAGCAAACCAGGAGACGGGCAGCAGCGUCUUCCUAAUAACGACUAAAAAUAUAAAACUGCGGUUGCAAACUCGCUUGCCGAGAGUGGUAACUAUGCCAAAUAUCCCCUCUAUGAAUCAAUGGGGGAGGCCUAUAUUUAGCAGUGGAAUUUAAUAGGCUGUAACCGUAACGGCUUUAUCUAUUUGCUUUGCUGCUCGCAGAACUCGAUUACACUAAGGAAGGACAAAGUAGGCCUAUGGGUCCCACGGUCUUAAAUAAAACACAUUUGUACGUGUACGUCGUACAAUAAACAAGAAGGAGUCAGCUAGACGUGGAUUUCGUAGUGCAGUUUUUCUGACUUAGUACGAGGGCGGCACUGAAAAUUUCGGGAAUCAAGGAUGUGACACAACAUUACUAUUUAAAAAUGUAUUUAUUGAUUUUCGAAGUAUUCGCCGCGAAAUUUGACACAUUUUUCCAUACGAUGGAACCAAUCAUUGAAGCAACCAUUCCAUUCGGAAGUUGGGGUCUCUAAAAUGGCCGUUUUGUAUGCGUCCACAGCUUCUUCAGGUGAUGAAAAUCUCUGUCCACGCAAUUUAUUCUUUAUUUUAGGGAAAGUAUAGAAAUCAUUAGGGCUUAGGUCGGGGCUGCACGGCGGAUGGUCUAAUAAUUCUGUUUUCUUGCUCUAAAAACUUGUUCUGUGUGCGGUGUGAGAACUCGCAUUGUCGUGAUGGAGGAUGAUGCGGCGGUUGCAGUUCUCUUUACGAAGUUCAGAAACGACCUGUGGCAAACAAAUGCUAGCAUACCAUUCUGCAUUAACCGUUCUUUGUCCCUCAAGAGGAAUAGUCGUAACAUGGCCGGUUUUGGAGACAAACGUAGCCACCAUUUUUUUUGCAACACUCCGUGAACGAACAAUUUUUGUUGGCUUUAACUCAUUUUCGAACACCCAAAUUCGUGACUGGUUUUUUGUUUCGGGUUCGUACGCGUGUAUCCUGGAUUCGUCACCUGAUAGGAUGUUGUAUACAGCAUUUGAGGAUCCUGCGUGGAAUCUUUCGAGAGUUCUGACGCACCAAGUAACGCGAGCCGCUUUUUGCUCUUCACAGAGCGAAUGCGGUAUCCAUCGGGAAAACAACUUUUUUACACCUAAUUGUUCAUGCAAUAUUAUUUGUAUUUGACUCAUGCUAAUGUCUAAAGUUGCCUGAAUUUCUCGGUAUGUCACAUGUCGAUCUUCCUCAAUCAGCUUAUGCACAGCAUCAACGUUUUCUUGGGUGACUGCAGUUUUUGGACGACCUUGACGGGGAUCAUCACUGAGCUUGACACGUCCACGUUGAAAUUCAGCAAACCAGCGAUAAAUUGUGGUUUUGGAUGGGGCUUCAUCACCAAAUGCAGAAAUCAUCCGGUCACCACACUGUUUUUGUGUUAAACCACUUCGAAAGUCAUAAUAAAUCAUCGCUCUUGAUUUUCUCGAGUCAAUUCCAUUUUCUCAACGACUAAACAAGUUUGAUAAAACCUUGUGGCAAGACCGAGAAUCUUUUUUUAAAUAAAUAAAUGGUAUUCGAUUUUUAAAACCAAGGACUUUUCAAUUAAAAAGAUUUUAAUAUGACAGGAACAGUGGAAAUAUUCUAUUCCCGAUACUUUUAGUGCAGCCCUCGUAAUGUAUCUUCCCGUUUUUGUCUUAAGCUAUCUCCGACACUGACAUUGCCUAGAUGCAACUACUUGGCCUAAUCCAACUGUGGCUACAUGAGCCUUUAAAUCAUCAUUAACUUCAUGAGUGACCUCGAAUGUAAUGCGAUAACAACAUAAAUGGGUAGUAUUAACGCUAAAAUGCAUUGAAGAUAAUCUUAGAAAAAUUUCGUCAUUAACAGGCUUAUUGUAAGUUCUAUUAUGCUUUGCUUAGAAUUUUUUUGCUUAAGAAAAUAGUUCGGUCGUGGUUUGCACUAGAUAUAAUUGUAUUAGUAUUUUACACAUAUUAUAUUUAAUGAGACAACACAAUGUUUUGAAUAUCGGAUGUGUUAAGGUUGGCAGCAAUAAAAAAUAUCAUAACUAGCGUCUGUAUUUUAUUUAAAUGUGGUAGUGUAAUAAUAUUCACUGCCCCAUAUCUUCCCGUGGGUGUCGUAAGAGGCGACAGAGGGAAACGGCUAACUUUAGCAAAAAAUAAAAUAAAUAUGUUGGAAGCAGCUUGCGAAAAUUAUUUUUGCAAAAGCACCUACCUCCAUCCCAUAAUCGCGGCAACUAUUAUUACCUAAAUUAAACCUAACACUAACCGCUACGGUAGGAUCCACACAACAACGUGGAUAGUACGUACGACACGUGUUAGCGUCUCAAAACUAGUCACCGGAUUCUCAGAAACAGACUGCGAUAGGAUUUUUGUACCUCAAAUUAGGUACAAAAAUUCCUUAGCGUUUAUUUUUACCUCAGAACAACAGAAGUUACAUAUAGACUUUUUAAAAAUUUCAAUAACACGGUCGAGGUAUACGUCAACUUAGCUAACUAUUCCUAAUCGAUAUAAAUGAGAUUUGAUAUUUAAAUCUAUUUGUAGUAUUUUUAAGACUCAUUUUUGCAUAUUUGUGUAAAUUAAACUCUAUUUACUUCCGAUCUUGUAAUUUUUUUAUUUUUAUAUAGAAUAUGAGUGACAAACGAGCAAACAGUCCACCUGAUGAUAAGUGGAUGCUGUGGCCCAUAGACAUCUACAUCAUCCUCAAUUGAGAAUCAAAAUGCAGAUGCGUUGUCAUCCGUGAGGACUGAGAUGGAAUGCCUCGUUCCACUUACCAUCAGGUGGACUGUGUGCUCGUUUGUCACCCUAUCCUAUAAAAAAAAUUGCCAACCGUAGUAUUUUAAUAUUUAUUUGUUUCAACACAAAACUAUCUCAACAAAUAAUCGUAAUACGAUGGUGCAACUAUUCAUUCUAUAUGCUAUAUACGUUUACAUAACAAAUUACUUAGGUAUAAUGCUAGCUUUGUGAACUCAGGGGACAACAAAACAAGUCUAUUUCUCUGGCUAGCUGAGCAAGAGUACAGAGAGCACCACCCGAGGCAUCCGUCCGGGACGUACAUGUUCAACCGUUUUAGUAUGUCAGAAUAAAAAAAAGAUUAAGUUCUAACCCUAACUUCAUUAUACCAUUCCCUCCUUCCAAAGAAUAAGGUUUAUCCCUAAACCCACUUAAUCCCUUAAUGUAUUCAACAUUAAGGGAUAAAGUGGCUUCACGCUGUAAUGUUUCAUAUACAGAUAUCUUAGUUGUUAUCAAGAAGACAAUGAUGCCCAUCUCCUAGUUUGUUUCUCUCUGUCGCCUCUUACUACAUCCACGGAACAAUAUGAUGUAAGUAUGGGAAAUUGGACACACACGGUACACUAAGAAACUGUUGUCCUGAUUGAAAAUACCAAUUACUAGAACAGACACCGGGAACAAAUCAUCAAAAACAUCGAAAAUCGUUAUGACACGGCACAGACCAAGUUUGAGUCCGCGGUCUCUAACGCUUGUUGCACAAGUGGUAAAAUUAAAAAUGACUUCAAUAUAAAUUGUUAAGGAUAACUUAAAAACUACUAGUCAUACCUUGAUGAAAUUUAUAUGGAAUUACAUAAAAAGCACCACCUUUC